CCCGCGCGGCUUGGCUGGAGACUUAGGAGUUGCGUACCGGAGUCCCCAGGGUCUGGGAAUCCUUGCUGCCGGUCAUGGGCCGCAGGAGGGCAAUGCGCAGGUCUGGAGGGGAAAGCAGCCACUCUCGGCACCUCCCAGACCGCUCCCUGGAGUCUUUUGCCGAGGAGGUUGGCGCCGCGCUGCGCGCAUCCGUAGAGCCAGAGGCAGCCAAGGGCGGGGACGACCCAGGCCCGGCAGCGCUGCCCUGUGCGCUGGCCAUGUGGGAGUUGGGCCACUGCGAUCCCCGGCGCUGCACGGGUCGCAAGCUGGCCCGCCUGGGGCUGGUGCGCUGCCUACGCCUGGGCCACAGGUUUGGCGGCCUAGUCCUCAGCCCGAUGGGCGCCCAGUACGUGUCGCCGGCGGACAGACAGCUAGUGGCACAGUCUGGGGUUGCUGUCAUCGACUGCUCCUGGGCCCGACUGGAUGAGACACCAUUUGGGAAGAUGCGAGGGAGCCAUUCUCGGCUGCUGCCCUACUUGGUGGCUGCCAACCCAGUGAACUACGGCCGGCCCUGCAAACUUUCCUGUGUGGAAGCUUUUGCUGCCACCUUCUGCAUAGUAGGCUUUUCAGACCUUGCUGUCAUUUUGCUGCGGAAAUUUAAGUGGGGCAAGGGAUUCUUGGACCUGAAUCGCCAGCUCUUGGACAAGUAUGCAGCCUGCAGUGGCCCAGAGGAGGUGCUGCAAGCAGAGCAGGAGUUCUUGGCCAGUGCAAAGGAGAGCUCUGAGGAGGAGAUAGACCCCUUUGAUGUGGAUUCAGGGCGAGAGUUUGCAAACCCCAACAGGCCUGUGGCCAGCAACCGGCUGCCCCCAGACACUGAUAACAGUGAUGAGCCUGAGGAACAAGAGUCUGACACUGAGAAAGAAGGAGACAGCAGCAGCUGCUCCAAAGUGGAGGAGACUCUGGAACAAGGGGCUGAGGCAAGGGGCCCAACCAAGAUUUGGAAAGGAAUCAAGAAACGACAGAGAGACUGAAGGUUGCAGGUGCGUAUAUUUCAGAGACUGAAUGACGAGGCAAUCUAGAGACAAGGAAAUACAGACAAGUCUGGCUGUUUUGGCCCUGUGGAGAACUGAACUCUGCAGCUUCUUGCCCUGUGCUGCUGACAGCCUUGCUCUGAGUCCUGCCUCGGAGCUCUGGCAAUGAAGCUACAGGCCAGGAAGGAGCCCCAGUGUGAGUCUGUUUCUUUGCACUGAGCCUGGGGGAGGAUUGAAAGGGAUUCUUGGCCUGUAGUGAGGCAUAUCCUGGCUAGAAGGGUCUGGGCCAUGGAAUAAGUCCUGUGUGGUCAUAUACAUGUAUGUGAAAAAAUAGCUACAGUGUCUUACAUGGACCACUAGCCUUGGCUGAUAUACUAGGCCUCAAAGAGUGACCCCCAAGAGCCUCUCACAGUCCUGAAGCCAGGUGGGGAGCAGAGGCUGAUAGUACUUAGCAAACCUCUUCUCCACUUCCACUUUUGAGUGGAGGAUUCCAGGGCCAGGAAAGGGCUGCUGAACACAGCAUGCUCUCACCUGUGCCCUGCAAGCUGGGUCCCAGGACCUGCUUCUUUCCAAAGCUUGGGCUGCUCAAACCCAACCCUACACCUUCCUGCCCUGUUGGCCUCUGGAGGCCUUGCCCUCCCCAGGAGAGACAAAAGAUGGGCUCUUAGCUGAGGCUCUCUUGGCAUUUGGGUAGGGGCUGGUCUCUGUCUGACUGACAACAAGAUGCUGAGCAGUGCCCCGGCCUCUAUUCACUGUACCCAUAGCCUCCUAUCCCCCUGCACUUUCCAAUGGUGAAGAUGUCAUUGCUGGGUGUCCCCUGGGGAGCAAAGCCACCAAGAUCAGGUGCCUGCCCACUCACCUACCCAUGGGCUGUAGAGCCUCAGGUAGUGGGUGGAGAAGCCCACCUGUAGCUGGGCCUUCUAUAGUCUGAUCUGUGUCCAAGGGGCAGCUUCUGGCCAGAUCCUGCUGAUCUGGCUGCCCAGAUUUUGGAGCUGGGGUGCAAGGAGUUUACAGCACACACCAAAGAAACGCAGCUAGUGCAGACGGAAGCCAGGGUUCCAGCCACAGUGCACACAUCACAUAGCGGGGAGGGAUGCCAUGGGCCCUGGCUGCAUGAAGCUGGCCAUGGGUGAGCAGGAGGAUGCCACAGGGCAUUCAGGGGAGGGCCGGGGCUGGCA